AUGACAACAGCAGCAACAACAAAAACAGCACAAACCAGCCCAUUCACCAACCCUCAAUCCCUCUCCCUAGAUCUCAAGAACCAACGAGCAAAGCCCUCUAUAGAAUACAGCUCCGCACUCAACGCCCACAUCGUAACCAGAUACAACGAUAUUCUCACCAUCCUCUCACACCCAGAAGUAUUCACCUCCAAGGACGCCACAGUCCCGCCAUUUCCACCCCCCAUAAAACACCUCUUCGCAAACCGCGCCCCAGAGGGCGGCAUAUUGCUAGGGUGGGAUAACCCAGACCAUGAUAGACUGCGCUCCACCGUGAGCGGUUCCUUCAUCCCGAGGAAAUUAGAGCGGUUCCGGCCGUUGAUGUGUGAACUUGCGCAUGAGCUUGUUGAUGCGUUUGUUGGGGAUGGGGAGGUUGAGAUUAAAUCUGCCUUUGCGCUGCCCUUGCCGCUGAAGUUGAUUGUUGAGAUUUCUGGGCUUGAUAAGAGCAGAUGGGAGUGGAUUGGGCGCUGUCUGGCCCUAUUCGGGGGUAUUACGACCGGCCAGGGGGAUACGAGUAUUGAGGCGCAGGUGCAAGAUGUCCUGGAUCUGCAUGAUUAUGUUGCGGACGUUAUUCAGGAGAGGAAGCAUGACCGACGGGACGACCUGAUUAGCUAUAUAUGGGACCAGCGAGACCUGGGGGUCCAGAUGACGGACUUUGAGCACCUGUCUAUGAUCCCUGGCUUGUUGCUCGCUGGUCAUGAAACGACAACCAGUGUUCUCUCGAUGGGUCUAUCGCAUCUUCUCCAUCACGGUCUCUGGGAGGCAGCAACAGAAAAUGAAACAGCCACUGCCCAAGCCAUCGAGGAACUCCUCCGCUACGAGUCUGCGAUAACAGGCAUGUUCCGCCUGGUGCAAAAAGAGACUACAAUCGGCUCUUGCACUCUAAGUCCAGCGGACCGGGUAUUCCUCGCAUACAGCUCCGGAAGCAGAGACGAGUCUAUAUUCGAAUGCCCUGAGAAACUGCACCUGCAGCGGAAGUUCUCUACGCAACAUCUGGGAUUCGGACGCGGGAUCCAUGCGUGCCUGGGGGCGCCGCUGGCGAGGUUACUCCUUAAAGUUGAACUCGGUGUUUUGCGCGAACGUCUCCCGAAUCUGCGUCUUGCUACGACGUAUGAAGAUAUUGUAUAUGAGAAGGUUGGUCCGAGUCGAGGCGUUGAGCGGGUGCUUGUCGCGUGGGAUCCUCCUAGCGGUCCUUGGGCUAGGACCAUUCAAGUUCAAACGACGAACCUUCAGAGACAGAAUACUAGGGUUGGAAACCAGUCUAUCCAAGCAGUUGUAAAGCAUCUAAUCCUACUAACAGACGAAGUCCUAGAAGUGACGCUCUGCUCGAAGGCCGGAUCUGGGAGCUCAUUCCCGCGCUGGGACCCAGGAUCCCAUAUCGAUAUCCUCAGUGAGCACGGCUAUAGACAGUAUUCGCUCUGUUCUGACCCCCAAGACACCAAUCAUUGGAAGGUAGCCAUACUCCGAGAAAAUACCGGCUCAGGCGGGUCGAGAUGGUUCCAUGAGAACCUGCACGAAGGCGCAGAAGUCACAGUCCGGAAACCACGAAACCACUUCCGCUUGAGGAACAGUAAUCGAUAUGUCUUUAUAGCUGGGGGGAUAGGAAUCACGCCAAUCAUGCCUAUGCUUGCGCAGGCGAAGCAUCAGCACGCGAGUUAUAGAUUGAUCUACCUCGGUCGGUCGCGCAACACAAUGGCGUAUCUGGAUGAGCUCGCGUAUGAUCAUCCUGUGGAUAUAUGGGCUCGCGACGAGGGAAAUAGGUUUGAUCUCGAGAGUUUUGCGCGGGAGCAAGACGAGGCUGUUCAAGUGUACUGCUGUGGUCCUGAACGACUCCUUUCGUCCCUGGAAGAAGCCUGCAAAUCGAAUCCUCUUAUUGAACUCCAUGUUGAGAGGUUCCAGGCGUUGUCCGGCCAGACUUUUCUGCCUAAUCGAUCCUUCGAUGUUGUCCUUCAUCGUAGUGGGCGCACGGUCACUGUUGAGCCUGAGCGGAACCUGCUCGAGACCCUUAAUGAUAGUGGGUGCGGAAUCAUGUCUACUUGUUCGAAGGGGACAUGUGGGACGUGUGAGGUGUCGGUUCUUGAGGGCGUUCCGGAGCAUAGAGAUGCUGUUUUGUCGGUAGAGGAGAAGGGCGAGAACAGGGUCAUGAUGCCCUGUGUCUCGCGGACUGUCGGCGAGAGGUUGGUUCUGGAUCUUUGGUGA